UUUAAGACUUUAUGGCUUUUAGAGGUCUGUACCUCAUGGCGAUCAGCUGCAAGUGUUGAUGAUUUUCUCAAGUCAUGGCCUCCAGUUCCAUUGCUCAUUGAUGAUCUCAAACUAUACAGGCUAUUCAGAGGCAAGAUUUGGAGAAGAAUGCCGCUACCCGAAGCAGAAGGCAAAAAAUGCAUCGAGUCAAGAGGAUGGCUGAUCACAAUAUCACGUUCAGGAGACAUGAGCUUGUUGUACCCUUAUUCACGGGCUCAAAUUGAACUCCCUAAUCAAUCAAAAUUCCCUCUACAUAAAUUCAAUGAUUCUCCUUUCUUGAAUGUAGUGAGUGCUGUUUCAUCAGCAAGUCCUUCGGAGACAUCAGACUUUGCGGUGGUUGUAGUUGGAGGUCCUGGUUUAUUUCUCUCGUUAUGGAGACCUGGAGACACGACUUGGACAAGAAUAGAAACGCAAAUUGCAGUCUACUUCAGCCAGGCUGUUUAUUACAAAGGAAAAAUAUAUGCAAUCUCCUAUGGAGGACAAAUUCGGGUAUGGGAUAUGUUAGAUCCUCCAGUAGCUCAAUGUUGUUGUCACAUGGGUUUGAUCAAGAGGGGAUGGAAAAAAGUUGGUAAUUUGGGGCAUAUGGCCAUUUUUGUUGGACAUGAUGGUGCAUUCUCGAUGGAUGCCACUAGAUUUCCUAGUAUAGUCAAGCCAAAUUGCAACUACUUCACUGAUGAUGGGAUAGAAGCCUGGACUGAAAAAGGGGGUGGGAAGGACAUGGGUGGUGUCCACAAUGUUGAAGAUGGACAGAUUGAACCCUUUGAUGACCCACUAGUUUGGGUGGAACCCAUUGAACCAACUAGGUUACUUCGAAGACUUUAUUAA